AUGAAAGCUGUUCUAUUGAUAAGCAUAUUUCUGGCCUUGGUAGUACUAAGCACAUCCAGUGAGCAGGAAGCGAAGGCGAGCAAUUUGGAGAGCUGUCGGCGCAGGGUUCGAGCCAAUUGUCAGCCAAAUGGUAAAAUAUGUGUGCGCAUUGCACGCAGCAAUCUGUGUGAGCUGCGGAGCUACAGUUGCAAGCAAAGAUUGGCCAAUUGCAAAUCCAACAGCAAUACACUGACAAACGCAUUUUAUCAAAGAGUCAACAUAAAACUCUGCUCGGGCAUGUCAAUCAAUCAAAGCUUGCCCUGCGCCAGUGGCACCAACAACGCCAAGUAA